AUGGCAGCCAUGGAUACUGCUACCAGUACGGGAGCUCAGAAUAAUGCCGACCUACGUUUCCGGAAUGUCGCAGGAGCUGGAAAACCCCAGACCCCUGUUCUAAACGUGCCGGAGAUAGACGCGAAGAAGAGCAAGGCUGGCCAGUCGCCAUCAUUUUUGCAUGUCCUGGCCCGCUGGGAACCGAUCAUUGCCCCGAUUAUCCUAACUGCUCUUGCGCUCUUCACCCGAUUGUACCGCAUCGGUCGCUCCAACAUUGUCACCUGGGACGAAGCUCAUUUCGGAAAAUUCGGUUCCCAUUAUUUAAAGCGCGAGUUCUACUUCGAUAUGCUAGUUGGCCUUUCAGGCUACCUGGCUGGAUAUAACGGAUCCUUCGAAUUCAAAUCCGGCGAGAAAUACCCCGAAGAUGUCAACUUUACUUUUAUGCGAGCCUUCAAUGCUGCAUUCGGCAUCGUCUGUGUUCCCUUGGCCUACUAUACCGCUCGCGAGCUGAAUUUCCGUCGCGCCACUGUUUGGCUGAUCGCCCUCAUGGUCCUGUUCGAGAACUCAUAUGCGACCAUCUCCCGAUUCAUCCUCCUGGACUCGAUGCUGCUCUGCUUUACCUUUACAACCACGAUGUGCUGGGCGAAAUUCCAUCGCCUGCAACGCUCGAGUUUCUCUCUGGAGUGCGUGAAGUGGGUUGGCUUCUUUUGCACUGCAAUCGUUGGUCUAUACACGAUCGAGGAUUUGUGGAACAAAUUUGGUGAUUUGAAGAUUCCCCAAACUGUGCUCGCAAAGCAUCUUGUUGCUCGGGUGGGAGGCUUAAUUGUCAUCCCAAUCCUUGUCUACAUGUUCUCUUUCUACCUCCACUUCCUCGUUCUCUCCAACAGCGGCCCCGGCGAUGCUCAAAUGAGUUCCCUGUUCCAGGCAAAUCUCCGCGGCACCGAAGUUGGCCGAGACAGUCCUCUGGAAAUCGCACACGGUUCUCGAGUUACCCUCAAGAACAUGGGAUACGGUGGCGGUCUUCUGCAUUCACACGUCCAGACCUACCCUGAGGGCUCGAACCAGCAACAGGUCACCUGCUAUCACCAUAAAGAUUCCAACAACGACUGGUUUAUCUAUCCGAACCGCAACGAAGCGGAGUACGAUGCCACCGCUGACCUGAAGUUCAUUGGCGAUGGAGACCUGAUCCGCCUCAUCCAUGGACAGACCGGCCGGAACCUGCACUCCCAUGCAAUCCCCGCACCUGUUUCGAAGUCUCACCACGAAGUUUCUUGCUAUGGAAAUACCACCAUUGGAGAUGACAAGGACCACUGGCAGGUUGAAGUGGUGGAUGAUGUUGCGUCUAGGGACCGCUCUAAGAUCCGCACACUCACUACUGCUUUCCGCCUCCGUCAUCCUUCGCUGGGCUGCUAUCUACGCGCUGGCAAUGUGAACCUGCCUCAGUGGGGCUUCAAGCAAAUCGAAACAACUUGCGUCAAGGAGAACAAGCCUGGUGAUGUCUACACCCACUGGAACGUAGAGUCACACACCAACGAGCGUUUACCCCCCGGUGACCCCGGUUCUUACAAGUCACCUUUCCUCAAGGACUUCAUUCACCUGAACGUCGCAAUGAUGACAUCGAACAACGCCCUAGUCCCCAACCCAGACAAGCAAGACGAUCUAGCCUCAAAAUUCUGGCAAUGGCCAAUUCUGAACGUCGGCCUCCGAAUGUGCUCCUGGGACGACAGUGUUGUGAAAUACUAUCUUCUCGGUAACCCCCUCGUCUACUGGGGAAGUUCCGCCGGUAUUGUUGGGUUCGGCUUGCUGUUCAUUUGGUAUCUUCUGCGAUGGCAGAGAGGUUACCACGAUCUGAGCCAAGCCGACAUCGACCUCAUCCACUACUCCGGUUUAUACCCUGCCAUUGGUUGGGUGCUACACUACCUGCCAUUUAUCAUCAUGGCCCGAGUGACCUACGUUCACCACUAUUAUCCGGCACUCUACUAUGCGAUUAUCUGCUUCGGAUUCUGCGUUGAUUGGGUUACCCGACGAAUCAAUGUCAAGAUCGCCGCUAUCGUGUAUACCGUUCUCUAUGUCGCCAUUGUUGGUCUCUUUGUCCACUUCCGCGCGAUUGUUUUCGGAAUGGAGGGCUCUAACUCACAGUGGGCCCACCUGCGUUGGCUCCCAGGCUGGAAAAUUUCGAACUGA